CUCACACUCCUCUGAGCUCUGCAGACAUGAGUGGUAACUUUGGCCACUCACCCCAGCCAGUGUUCAUGGUGGAUUCUGGCAGAGGUCACCCUAAACAACAUCGGCAUUACCACCAGCAGAUGCCCAGACCACCGGUGCCCUGUUGGACCUUCCCCCCUGCCCGAGCUGAGAUGAAGAAAAGGGGCUGGGGGAGAAUGAAUAGUACGAUAGCCUGGGGACUGACACUGAUACUUCUGCUGGUUUUUGCAGCCCUGGGACUGGGAGCCUAUCAGAUCCUGAGGUUACAGACUGAAAUGCAGCGGCUGACACAGGAAAUACCCGCACAAAUGCAGAGCCUCACUCCACAGAAACAAGUUGGCCUGAAUCCUGCUGAGCUGAACAAGAACACACAAAACUCUGCUGCACACUUGAUAGGUCAUGCAGACCAGAGCAGAUCAGCUGGAACUCUGAAGUGGGAAGCAAAUCUCGGUGAUGCCUUCACAGAAGGCGUCAAGUACAUCAAUGGCGGCCUUCAGGUCAACAUGACCGGUUUGUACUUUGUUUACUCCCGCGUGGAGUUUCUUUCACCCAAGUGCAACCCCAGAGACUCUUACACUCACAUAAUGAGUCGGCAGAGAAACGGCCGCAACCGGACAAUCAUGGAAGAUCACCAAGAGGGCUUUUGUACGGCGGGGAGCAAACAGCCAUGGAUGUCCAGCAGUCAUCUAGGCUCGCUUCAGCAUCUCAAGCAGUCCGAUUGGCUCUUUGUCAAUGUCUCACACCCCCUUCUGAUCAGCAAAAAUUAUCACAGCAACUAUUUUGGCCUCUUCAAGAUCAACUGAUCGUGGAGGACAAUCAUGCAUAUGAAGGGCAUGAUUGUGAUUUCAGAUGAAGAGG